AUGAGCAAUGAGGAUCAUUCAAGGGAGUCGGCUCGGAAAAGGAUGUCUGAAUGGGACGAAGAAGUAGACCCUGGGAGGGAGAAUGUAAGCAAAUGGGAGAUUACACCACGCACAGCAACACAGUCGAAGAGGUUGAAAUGGGAUCAGACGCCCUUGGGAUACAUAAGGGUAGAAGACGACUUGUGGAGGAGAUCCGGAAUGGGCUCUGGAGCGAUUUGGGACAGAGAAACCCAAGACACGGGAGGGAUGGCCGAGUACUCCGAGAUGUCUUUAAGAGAGAUAAACAUGUGUCUACCGUCGAAAGGUUACAGGAGAUACGAUUUUGUCCAGACCUUUGGAAAUGAAGAUCCAAGCAUAGCAGAUUUGCCUGAUAUUCCAGCCGAGGAAAGAGAUUUCUUCAUGCCUUUACUCGAGGCUGGGGAUGGGGAUGAGGUUGAUAUAUACAAGGGCAUACUACUAGUGAAGAAUGGAAGUAAGAAGAUGAGCAUCCGUGGUCUUAGGAUUCUUAAAAGCAAGGAAGUGAACCAUGUGCUGGAGAAAGUGCUUCUUAUGGCAAUGAGCCUGGAACUUGACGACAAAGAUAAAGGAAAGAUAGGAGGUUUACUUUAUUCUCUUUUGGAUGGAGUGGACAUGGAUGGAGUAAAGUAUGUACGGGAAAUAUUAUUUGUGGUGGGGUCAUACUCCUACUUUCUUUCUCUCCGAAGGAUGUGUAUACCUGUACUCGCUCUUGUCUAUAAGCGAGGAUUUGAUUUUUCAGUAAAGAGCAUUGAAGGAGCUUUUGGAAGUAAGGAGGGAUAUGUUCGGGAGAUGGCAGGACAUGUAGUGGGCACUUUUGUGGAUCAUUUUGGGAUGGAAAGAACCCACACUCUCCUGGAAUCUUUAGCAGGAAGGAAGGACACUGAGUCUAGAAGAGCCUGUGCAAAAUGUAUCACAGCAAUCUGUGAGUUCAUAGGAAGGAGAGUUGUUCCCUACCUGGGGCCAGUGCUAGGAACACUUUGUAAACUGAUUACAGACAGAAAUAGAUUUGUAAGAAUGGAUGCAGCCAACACAAUGUCCUACAUAUCCAAGGUUGUGAGCCCGGUCAGGACUGCACAGAUGGACAGUGUUUUUGAACUUCUUAAGAAGGAGAUAUCGAGGUCUGGAGAAAUCGAGUUCAACUCUCUCUUGAAUGCGAUGUCGCAUCUAUGUUCCAAUAAUAAGGAGCAUUCCAAGGUAGUUUUUGGCUUCCUGAAAGCUUCUAGGAAGAAAGAGAUUCCAAAUAUUAAGGCCUUCGAGAGGAUCUGCAAUGAAAUUGAAGCCGAAGACUCUUGGGAGUACUUUGACCAAAUUUCCGGGAUUCUUUUUUCCUCUAAGGGAAGAGACAAUGCAAAUCUGGUUAUAAGCAUCUGUAUUAAGAUUGGAAGUGAGCCUAGAGUAUUCAAAAGAAUUCUGGACCACUAUAGCAAUCCUUUGAAUGCAGGAAUGAUCUCAAGGAUAUUUAGCAAAGUCCAAAAGCUGAAGUUUGAGGGAGAGGAGGUGGAGAUAUACUUGAGGGCCAUAUGUAAUGCCAUCCGCAGUGAUGAAACUACAGCUAGUCUUGUACUUCCGCUUGCCUCUAAGAUGUUUCUACAAAAGAGACAUGUGUCGGUACUGGCAUCCGAGUCAUUCAAGCUUCUAAAGAAUCCCUCACAGGACGUCCGAAUCAGAAGUCUCAAAGCCAUCGAUGGCCUUGCGAAGAUCUUAGAAAGAAAAGAACUGAUGCACUAUGGAAACAUUCUGAUGGAGAAUGUGGAUGGAAGCGACCAGGACACACUAUCCUUUGUUAUUAAGGCAAUAUGCAGUAUAUACAACUCUUAUCGGUUCCGGCCGGCCUCGGAGAUUGUACCAACCAUCCUUCCGAUUCUAAAGUCCAGAGAGCAAAGGACGGUUGCAUCUUGUGUGGCUCUCCUUCGCACUAUAUGCAUGAAUGCACCUGAGGAAUGUGAAAAGAUAAGCAUGAGAGAAUGGAUGAGGAUAUCUUAUGAGUUGAUUGCUACACUGUCUUCCUGGAGCAAAGAGAUUCGAAGGAACACCACAGUGUCACUAGGAUGCAUCUCCAGGAUAGUUGGCCCCCAAGAGAUACUGGACAUCCUUAUGGACAGUCUUGAAUCCGAGGACAAGAACCAAAGGGCCGGGUCCUCACUCGGGAUUUCUGUGGUAGGGGAGUACAAUGGGAUAUUUUCUAUUCUCCCAACUCUCUUGGCAGACUACGGAGCACCAAGUGCCUUUGUACAACAAGGAAUACUUAAGGCCAUGUGCCACUUCUUCCAACAGACAUAUCGGGUUCCUCUCAGAUAUGUAUACUCGAUACUCCCUAUGAUCGAAGAUGCAAUGAUGGAUGAGGACCCGUCAUAUCGAAGUCUUGGAAUGGACCUUAUUAGACACAUAGUGUUGAACCAUUCCCCAUCGACUAUGGACAUAGAACUUGCCAUACAUCUGCUCAAUCUGGUCUGGGCAAACAUUCUUGACCCCAGCUUGGCGGUACAACAAUCCUUUGACGGAUGUAUGGAAUCUUUUGUUACAAUCCUAUCCUCGCAGGCUGUAUAUGGAUAUGUGCUUCAGGGUCUUUUCCACCCCUCGAGUGCUGUAAGAAGGAGAUACCAUACUGUCUUGGAAGCGAUGGAGCAUUUCGACAGCACCUCGCUCGCACAGUGUUUCCUUGUGGAGGAAGACCUCCUUGGUCUUGAAAAGUAA